GCACCCGCCCUAAAUCAGUAACAGUAAUUUCUGGCUUUCCAAGCCCUUCAUGACUUCUUCAAAGUCCAUCAGCCUUCAGGUCCAAUCAAAUAUCACCACGACGGCACCAUUGAAUGUACCAAACCUCCUGCGCCUACCGGAUGAACUCCUCGUCCAGGUAGCACAAAGGAGCGAUGAAACAGAACGACAGGCAUCGCUAUGCAACCUGUCGCUCGUGAACCGCCGCCUUUCAGCAGUUUUCAAAGAGGAGCUCUACUGCGCGCCCUCAUUGAAGCCUGAUCAUGCGCACCAGCUAGUCGUACAACUACUCGACCAGCCCAGGCUCGCACAAAAGGUCACGAAACUGGAAAUCCUCGACACUAGCCCGGAGAAAGUUCAAACUCGAGCAUGGGAUUGGGACCGUAAAGAGUGGAACGACGUGGAAUUUCAGGGAGGAGACAUCUUCAACCCAUCCGACGCGACACUCAAACUAGCUUUCAAGUGUUGGGAUGCGCUCUCGUCCCGUGGUAUUGUCGAUCAUUCCUGGCGAUGGAUAGCUGGCCUCCAGGCCGGCGAUUCCUAUGCAUACGUCUCGGUCCUUCUCGCCAUUACGCCUAAACUCAAGCGUUUGACAGUUUCCAAUCAGUACGCGAAGGCAUUGGCGAAGCCGAGAUUCACACUCCACGAGACGCUCGGCAUCUCACUUCGACCAUACAUGGUCUAUUCCCUAAACAAAAUCGCUCCGAGUAUCGAGGAGUUCCAACUAGCUCCAAAUCCCUAUGGACAACUCGGUCUCGUCGAACACAACGCCAGCGACAUCGAUUUCUGGAGCUUCAAGUCUUUGGAUCUGAGGGGAAUGACGUCCGUCAGACAUCUCACCUUCCCGAGUUCUGCUCUAGGAGGGUUGUCGCAAAUAGCGGGAUUCGUAUCGCCUAGGUUUCCACCGAACUUGCACAGCUUGCGGAUUACAGAUUGUCAGUUGAUCGCGAUUUGCUUCCUCAAGGCUUUCCUCUUCCGCGCCCCGCAGAGACACCCUCGUCUGAGGGUCAUAGAAGCAGCGUUUCGGGAGGAGAGGAUAGGGCUGGUGACCGGAAGUGAGAGCAUGAAUAGGGAGGCGGAGAUGCAGAUUGUGAGCAAAACGGCAAAGGCUCAGGGACUCAAGGUGCGCUGGAAUUUUCAAGGGCGAAGUGUGACUUGGUGUGAGGACGUGUGAUUGAUAUUGACUCGGAGGAAGUGUAUGUUGCCGCGGGUGGAUGUGGUGGGUUACGUGUCACAGGA